CCCCGGCCCUGCCCUGGGAGGCAGUGGUGCAGCAGCAGGAUGAGAGUGAACGAGAGCGAUCUGAACAGCUCCGUCCUCCCGCGGGACCCUCCGUCCGAGGGCGCCCCGCGCCGCCCGCCGUGGGUGACCUCCACCUUGGCUGCCAUCCUCAUCUUCACCAUCGUGGUGGACCUGUUGGGCAACCUCCUGGUCAUUAUCUCCGUGUACCGCAACAAGAAGCUGAGGAACGCGGGUGAUCCCCGGACAUCCUGUUGUGCCCUGAGAGACAGUGGGUAGCCUGACACAUAUUUGACUCAAGGGAGAUAACUUGUAGAAGACUAAGUUGUAGCACAGAUUCAGGGUUCUGAUGAAAACUGAGAUGUUGAUGGCAAUGAACAUUAUUUCAGACAUGAAAAACUUCCAAUAUUAAAAAUGGAAAUGUGUUUGUUGUAAGCCUGGCAGUUGCAGACUUGGUUGUAGCAAUCUACCCAUAUCCACUGGUGCUCACAUCUGUAUUUCACAAUGGAUGGAAUCUGGGAUACCUUCAGUGCCAGAUUAGUGGCUUCUUGAUGGGCCUAAGUGUCAUUGGAUCAAUCUUCAAUAUUACAGGCAUCGCUAUCAAUCGAUACUGCUAUAUCUGCCACAGUCUCAAAUAUGACAAGCUGUACAGCAACAAGAAUUCAUUGUGCUACGUUGUUCUUAUCUGGGUCCUAACAUUUGUUGCUAUCGUGCCCAACCUUUUUGUGGGAUCACUGCAGUAUGACCCCAGGAUUUACUCAUGUACAUUUGCACAAUCAGUGAGCUCAGCAUAUACAAUAGCAGUUGUGUUUUUCCAUUUCCUGCUCCCCAUAGCCAUUGUUACUUUCUGUUACUUGAGAAUAUGGAUCCUUGUUAUUCAGGUAAGGCGAAGGGUUAAACCGGAUAACAACCCCAGGCUGAGACCACAUGACUUUAGAAACUUUGUAACCAUGUUUGUAGUAUUUGUGCUGUUUGCAGUCUGCUGGGCUCCUUUGAACUUCAUAGGCCUUGCUGUGGCUGUCAACCCAGCUGCUGUUAUCCCUAGGAUUCCAGAGUGGUUGUUUGUAACUAGUUAUUACAUGGCAUAUUUCAACAGCUGCCUUAAUGCUAUAAUAUAUGGACUCCUGAACCAGAACUUCAGAAGAGAAUACAAGAGAAUUAUUGUUACUUUUUGUACAGCAAAAAAUUUUUUCCAGGAUAGUUCUAAUGAUGUGGGAGACAGGAUGAAAAGUAAACCUUCUCCAUUAAUUACAAACAACAAUCAAGUGAAGGUGGACUCUGUGUAAAAAUGGGAAUCUUAUUAUUGUCACUCAACAACAUUCAGAUAAAGAACUGUUUUAUUAGAUCUACUGUUAAAUAUUAUAGUGAAAUAUCUUCUACACUGAAAGCACUUUUAUCAAAUUUCUUGCAUGGUAUUUGGAAACUCAAGUUACAGAGACUUGACAUGCAGAUCCUAUUAUACAGUGGAACAUCUCUUGUAUAAUAACACAAUGAUAUCCUUGAGGGAAUUACAAAGUUAUGCAUGGAUACUUCCUUCCCCAUCUCCUCCUCCUUAAAUGGAAAUAAACAACUAGAAAUAGAUUGAAACAGAAGUGUCCACAUCACCUGGCUCAAUAAAAGAAAUUACAAAACUGUUCCUACCACUUUCAGCCACUUUCUGGCCAGGUUGUGGUCCUGAUUCUAAAACCUCUGGGAACUUCUUUUAAAAAAUGAAAUCAGAAAUAUAUUAGGAAAUGUGAAAUGAGAAAUCAAGGUAAUUGAAAAUUCAUUAGAAUUUUUGACAAGGACCUCGAUCUAUAUUGCUUUGUUCCUAACAUGGACAUGAUUAUUAAUUUUUUUGGAAAUUAAACCUCACCAUCCCUCCUAGGAAUGGUAUUCUCAAUUGACUUUUCAAUUUUAAAAUAGCUUUUGGGAGGAGAAUUAUACCUGACUGAUUAUCUUCAAAGUUACAAGGUCAGGAGGACAAACAGCAAGGAAAGAAAAAAGCCAUGAUUCAUCAGCUCAGGCUGUUUGGGCAUG